CAUCAGUUAUGAGCAAACCGUGUUGUUACGUCAGACAAAGGUCAACAGAAAAUAAGUAUGGCUGCUGUGCUCAGAGGGUUUCGGUGCUUAGUGGGAAAGUGUUACAGCAAUGUUGACUUUACGAUCGUCCCCACAAGGUCUAUGGCUUCAAAGACACACGUGGGAUUUGUUGGUUUGGGAAAUAUGGGAAACCCCAUGGCGAAGAACCUGUUGAAGCAUGGAUACCCAGUCAUUGCUACAGACGUGUUCCCAGAAAGUUGCAAAGAAGUGCAGGAGUUAGGAGCUCAGAUUGUUGAUAACCCUUCUGAGGUAGCAGACAGGGCUGACCGCAUUAUCACCAUGCUUCCAUCUAGUCCAAAUGUCAUAAACGUUUACGCUGGACCCAAUGGCAUUCUCAAAAAGGUGAAGAAAGGCUCACUUCUCAUUGACUCCAGCACCAUUGACCCAGCCGUUUCAAAAGAGAUGGCGGCUGCCACUGAAAAGAUGGGAGCAGUUUUUAUGGAUGCACCUGUGUCUGGAGGUGUGGGUGCUGCAAAUUCGGGUAAGCUGACUUUUAUGGUGGGAGGAGCAGAGGAAGAAUUUAAUGCAGCCAAAGAACUGCUGAGUUGUAUGGGAGCCAAUGUGGUGUACUGUGGUCAGGUUGGGACUGGACAGGCUGCCAAAAUCUGUAACAACAUGCUUUUAGCUAUUGGAAUGAUUGGGACUUCAGAAACCAUGAAUCUUGGAAUCAGACUUGGUCUUGACCCUAAACUGUUGGCCACAGUCCUGAACAUGAGCUCAGGCCGGUGCUGGUCGAGUGACACCUACAACCCUGUACCAGGAGUCAUGGAGGGAGUCCCCUCUGCAAACAACUACCAAGGAGGAUUCUUCACACACCUGAUGGCUAAGGAUUUGGGGCUUGCACAGGACUCAGCCACCAGCACACGGACUUCUGUCCCUCUUGGCUCCUUGGCCCAUCAGAUCUACCGUAUGAUGUGUGCACGAGGUUACGGCAGUAAAGAUUUCUCUUCUGUGUUCCAGUUCCUGCGAGAGGAAGAGAGCCAGUAAAGUCAGCCUUGCCAUGCACGAUCCCGUUUCACACCGGGCUAACAUUGAAUCGGGAGCGCUUGGCCCCCUGAGGACUUGUGUUUUUCAAAGUUGUAAAGCUGAACCAUGAAAGCUCCAACACAUGCGAGCACUUUUCUCCUGUUGGAAAUCAUGUUUCCUGUGUGAUCUGGCUUUUAUAGAAGCUCUCCUUCAGUUUUCCAUGGAUUGUUUGAUAUGCAGAUGGCAAUUAGUGGGAUGGUGAAAAGAUGUUUCCACAUUUAUCUGUGAUUUUUUUUUAAAGCCCAUUUUUCUUCUGUUCAUAAGGUUUAGUGUUGUUAACACUUGUGCAUUAUGAAAUAAAUGACAUCUCAAAUGCUGUGCAGUU